AUGGCCCCUGAGGCUGGAACAUUUCGAUGUAUGUAUUCUAUUAUGCCGACCAAGGCUACUUACGGAAUUGAUAACGACGUUCAUGAAAGAUUUCAAGACACAUUUCCCGCCUUUAAGAGUUUGAAACUUGAAGCCGUAAUCAACUCUCGAUCUCUGUAUCUUCACGUCAGACGAGUCAUGAAUGCACUGGAAAAUGCUGUGUUUUCUUUAUACGACGCAGAGGUUUUCAUCGAGUAUUUGAGGAACCUUGGAGAGAGACAUAAAACAUGGCCCGUGAGGCUGGAACAUUUCGAUAUAAUAGGAGAAGCCUUAAUUUGGACAUUGAAGGACUCGUUUCCAACAAAAUGCACCGAUUAUGUCGCCGAGACUUGGAGGGAGCUCUUCCGCUUUAUAACUGCUACUAUGACGAGAGGACUGAGGAGAGCAAGCACUGGCAAAAGAGAGUUAAAACUGAGAGACCCUGUGGACUGGGAAUCGGUCGAGAGGAAAACUGGGAUUUAA